AUGGAUAAGAAGAUAGUGCGCAAAGGGCCGCUGUCUGGGGGUCGCCGGGGCGCGUCUGGAGCUGGCGCUGGACGCGGCAGCAUGCGAGCCGCCAGCCGAGCGCGAGGAGCUGCACGGUCAUCUAGCAGCCCUUCCCGACCCCGCAUCCAUCAUCCCCACCAGAAGGCUUUUCUGUCGGCUGGGUCUUCUCGGACUCAGCAAGCGGCACCCGCCGCUGGUGGAGCACGUCGCAUGCGUUGGUCACAAGCAAUGAAUGCAAACGCACUGCGGGCGUACUUUAGGGCAAAAGGGGAAGAAACUGGAUGUUUGGCGUAUCGGGCUAGGAUGCAUCGUCUUUUUGCUGAGCUGGAGCCAUCUUUAACCGUCACAGAGCAAAACCUGGCAGACCGAGUUCGGUAUAUCUUGCGCUCAAAUAUAUUUGAUGUCGCCGAACUCGAACGGCUACGACGUGAGGCUGUUCCCUCGUCGGAUGAGAAUGCUACGGCUGAGGAUGCGGCGCCACAAAUGGUAGAGCAACCCGCAAACGUGGAUGCCGCCGUGAAUACCCCAGUUGUGGUUGAUUCAAACGAUGAUGGAACAGUCGCCCAGGAACUGGAAUUAGAGCAUAUGAGGAGUACAUUGGAAGAGGCGAUUGUGGAAACGCGCUGUACACCUCUCGAAAAUCGACCGCGACUUCCCCGCAUAGCUCUAAGCAAGCGGAAUCGGGCUGUCGUGAGGGCUCUGAACCCAAUGCUGGUGACCUAUUUGGAAGCCAGCCGGGACCUUUGCGAGACGGACUCAAUUCUUUUUGGCGCCGCGCUGGCAGUCUGCCGUAUCAUAGGCGCCAAGGUUUCCACGGCUGGACGCGCUACUGGCCAUAGUAGCGCUAUCCCAGCAUGGAGAAGAAGAAUUGAGGAACGUAUCGCAAAGGCUAGAGCUCUCAUAGGCAGACUGAUAUGCUUCAGAUCAGGCAACAACAGGCCAAGAAUUGUGCGCACCGUCAGGAUGGCGUUUGCUGGGACAAAUGUCAGUUUGUCCCAGCCGGAUAUAACGCAAAAACUGACGGAGAGCAUAGAUGAUCUGAAGCAGAGAAUCGCUGCUUGGGGAAAACGGAUUCGGCGAUAUACCGAGAGGUCGACACGGUUCAACCAGAAUCGUCUCUUCCAGAGUGAUCAGAAGAGGCUCUAUGAAUCAUUGGAGCGACCAAUGGUAAGUGGAACGGGUCCAGCACCGAAUCAGGCCGACACUGUAGCAUUCUGGCGCGGCCUGUGGUCAGAGCCCGUAAACCACAGCGAGGGCCCUUGGACGGAAGUUGUGGCGAGUCAGUGUGCGGGUAUUACGCCCAUGGACCCCGUCAUCAUAACGCCGGAUGACGUAGCUGAGGCGGUCCGUAGGGCCCCGAACUGGAAAAAGUCCGGGGCUUGA